AUGAUGAUCAUGAUGACACUAAAUUCUACCAUUUUCUGACAAUUUCAGAGAAAUCGAAGAGGACUAUACAAGCUAUGCGGCUGACAUUGUUAGAAAAUCUUCUUGGUCUGAGCUGGAGAAUGAAGGCAAAACCAUGUGUCCUAUUUGCAAUGUGAAGGAACUGAAGUUAAACUCUGACGGCACCAGAACUAACCAAAAUGUCUGUAAGGACUGCCAAGAAUUGACUUGUGAUGAUUGUGGUGAAUAUUCCGAGUCAUUGUCAACCAAGCUCCAGGAAUGGGUUUGCCACUUGUGUCGGAAGCGGAGAGUUUUGGUACUUAGCACCGGUCUUUGGUAUCAUGGGAGGCACCGCAACCCAGAUUCUAUAAUCCUGCAGGUGAUUGAAUCCCAAUGUCUGCUAGAGAAAUCCUCACAAAUAACCCAACAGAUUCCAUCCAGUCCCCCCAAACAAGGGGAAACCGAAGAGAAAUCAACUCCAAAACCUGAUGUGCAGCAGCAAACAGCAUCACAGCAACCAACUCCACCUCCACCAACGGCAACAACAUCCUCAUCAAAUGAGGCAACAGGUGGCGCUGAAGCCGGUGUGAUUGUCUCUCAGCCACCUUUACCACCGCCACGCCGCAAACUGAGAAAGGCCCAUUCCACAAACCAGACCACUUUGCCCAGCAAGGAGUCGGAUGUGAGCGGGAAAGCCACAGCAGAGGUCCACAGCAGUGGCAGUAGUAGUAGUAAGGUUCCACCAACCCCUAAACCGAAACCUCUCUCCAAAUCGGUGAAGCACGCUCACUCAGUCCCUGCACCGACAGACAAAGGAAGGCAGGUGCACAGUGCUGCAACCUCUACAGCAGCGCAGCAGCAGGAGGAGAUGUACCAUCAGCAGCAGUAGCAACGGGCAUCAGCAGCAAUAACAGAGAGACAGGAA